CCGGGUUUCAUACUACUCAGACCCGGUUCUCAAGAUCAUCAAAAAACCCGGGUUUACCCGGUUUUUUUGGAACCGGGUAAACCCGGGUGCAUGCCCUACUUUAACCAGCAAGAUGAUAAGACAAGGAAUAAGAAGUUUGAAGCAAGUCGCGCCCAGCGUUAGGGCUUUGUCCAGUCAAGCAAACCUAACAAGCUUGAAUGCUGACAAUGAAGGUAUUGCAGUCCUAACGUUACAAAGACCACCUGUGAAUAGUCUUAAUUUGGACUUGCUGCAAGAAAUAAGCAAAUCGCUGGAUGAAGUUAGCAAGAAUAAAUUUAGAGCCCUGAUUCUGACUUCUGCAUCACCCACAGUAUUUUCAGCUGGUCUUGAUAUUAUGGAGAUGUAUAAACCUGAUAUGAAGAGAGCGGAACUUUUCUGGACAACAUUGCAAGAAGUUUGGCUAAAACUCUUUGAAGCCAGCUUCAUAACAGCUGCUGCGAUUAAUGGUCACGCACCAGCCGGUGGUUGUUUACUAGCGACAUCUUGCGAAUAUCGAGCUAUGGUGAGCGGCAGAUACACGAUAGGGCUUAACGAAACCGCUCUGGGUAUUGUGGCCCCAUUGUGGUUCAUGGACACUAUAUGUAAUACAUUGCCUAGGAGGCAGGCGGAAUUGGCACUUACUACGGGAAAAUUGUUCACUGUGGAUGAGGCUUUGAAGGUGGGUCUAAUUGACGAUGUUGCGAGUGACAAAGAGGACGCGAUAAAUAAAUGCAAAGAAUUUAUAAAGCAGUUCAACAGGAUUCCGGCAUUAGCAAGAGCGGUUACUAAACAAAAGUACAGAGCCAGUACAAACCAGUGGUUAAAAGACAAUAGGAAAACGGAUGCUGCAGAAUUCUUAGGUUUCCUAAGUAACCCUAAAACACAAAAAUCGUUGGAAAUGUACAUACAGUCUUUGAAACAGAAAGACAAAUAGAACUUUUCAUACCUUAAACCCCAGCCACACGACUUGAACGAGUGGUGUGGGAAGUGACGAGGAAAGUAGGCAGGGACGUAGUGUGGCCACGUUACUCGUCAUGCCACUCGUCGUGCUCAUCGUCCUGCUCACUGCUCCCUAUUUUGUCGGCUUUUGAGUCAAAGGACCGGCAAUACGAGUGCGAAAUGAAGAGCGUCGCGAUUAAUCGCGCGAGUAGAGCAGUGUGUGGCCAGACGGCAAUAUCGAGGCGAGCGGCAGCGCGAUGAGCAGGACGAGUAGCAUAGUGUGGCUGGGGUAUUAGAUAUACCUUGUAGUAAAAUAUUAUGCCUCCUCCACAUUACUCGCGAAGUUGAACGAGGUUAGACGAAUAGAAUAAUGUAGAGAGGCACUUCGGCUUACUUCGUCCAA